AUGUCCCGGAUCCCGGCUGGAGAUUUCCACUCCAACGCCGCCGCCCUUCGGGUGCCAACCAGCAGAGAGUCCGGGGCGGAGGGCUUCAAACUGCUCUUCCUCUCCUCUGUCGGCAGGAAGACGCAGCUCCUCUCCUUCUGCCAGAGAAAACCGGAGAAGCGAAACCGAGGAAGAGAUUUCCGCCUCCUUUUUCCCGGGGCUGCUUCAGCCGCGCCGCGAAACGCCGAGGAAACCGGCUGCGGGCAAAGCCUGCCCGGCCAGCGCCCUGCCCGCCACCUCGAAGAGACUGGGAAGGACAGAAACGCGAAUGGGCAGGAUCCGGACGGAGGGGAGAAGUCCCGCUUGGAGAAACAGCUCCUUUAG